AUGACCUACAAAGUAGUAGUAGUAGCAGUCGUUUUCUUGACCUUAAUAUUUUUAAUAGCAUCAGUAGAAUGCAAAUUUGGUAUUUGUGCAGACAAUGAAACCCUUGAUUUGGAAAGUGAUGGUUAUCAAUAUAUUCGUAGCAAAGACCCAUUGAUAUCAGCUUUGUAUCGAGAAUGGUGGUUCUUUGCUUUAUAUGAUCCAUUAGUAGAUAUCGGAUUUUGUAUUGGUUAUAGCGCUAUGGAUCCCGCAAAAACAUUUGGUUUAGAAGCUUCUGGAAUAGCUGGAAUGUUAUGGACUUCAGUAGCUAACAAUACUGGUCAAGACCCAACAAAUGUUUUAGAUGGUUAUGAUUUCGAACAAUUCUCUGCUUACAAAGAAAAUGCAACUGUGUCAAUUGGAAAAGAAAAUUUCAUUAAGGUCUUAGAUCAAACGACCUAUCAAAUAAUUGGCAGUAGUAGAAAUGGUGAACUCAAUUGGUCGUUAACAUUUCACCAAAAGUCUUAUGCCUGUAGACAAAAGGAAGAAGUACCACAAGUGUUAGAACUGGAUUGGAUAGCUUAUAUGCCAAGUGCUCAUGUAUUUGGAGUUAUUCAAUAUAAUACAAAACUAUUUUCGAUCAAUACGACCGCCUAUCAUGAUCAUAACUAUGGUGCAUGGCCAACAAAUCUUUUUAAUUGGAUCUGGGCACAAUUUCAUCGUGUUGAUAAAGAAUUUUCAUUAGUUUUAGGAAGUUAUCAUAUACCUGUAACUGAAAACGAAUAUAUUGGCUACAUAUUUAUUCGUUGGAGAAAUCAACGCAUUGAGAUUGGAACACUUUGUGGAAAUACAUUUCAUUUGAAACCAUUAGAAUGGCAAAUUGUUGAUGGAAAAAAAUAUUCUAUUCAUAAUAAAAUUGAAGCAUGGAAUGACCAAUACAAAAUUAAUAUUGAAUACAAAGCAAGAGUGAGCAAUGAUAAUCCAGGUGGUCGUGGUUUAGGCUUGAAAGUUUUUGAGCAAAUUUCUCAAUACGAAGUGAUUUUAUAUGGUAAGCAUGAAGAUAAUUGGGUGAUUUUAGAACAGAAUCUAACUGGAUAUGGAUUUAGUGAAUGGAGUCAUGUAGAAAUUUAA